AUGGUUACUUCAACUGAUGAUCUUCAAGUAGAAGAUACUUACUCUCCGAAAAAUAAAAAUAAUCGCAAUGACAAUACAGAUGAUGAUAUUGAUAACCAAAAUGAUGAAGUUGAUGACGUAGUGAGAGAUAUUAGCAUAGAUAAUGAAGAUGAAGAUGAUGAAUUAUAUGGUAAUAUCGAUGAUUUAAAACUUAUGAUAAGUGAUGACGAGAAUCCUGAUUUAGAAAAUGAUAUAUACGGGAAAAAUUAUUAUGAUAGCCCAGAUGACGCUUUAUUAGCAGAAUUUUCUGAUUAUGAUAGUGUAUCAGAAGAUGAUGAACAAGAUUUUAUGGAUGCUAUUAGAGAAGCUAAUAAUUUUAAAGUUAAAAGAAAGCGUAAAAAUAAAAAAAUAAAAAAAUCAUCAGUUCCCUUUAGACGAGAAAGACCUGUAGACCCUGAAGUUGCUCUGUUAGCCUCAGAGGCCAAUGAAGCAUUUGUUAGAAAUGAUUUAGUUGUGGCUGAAAGAUUAUUUAAUGAAAUUAUUAAAAAGGAUGCUAGAAAUUUUGCUGCUUACGAAACAUUAGGUGAUAUUUAUCAAUUACAAAAUAGAAUGAACGAUUGUUGUAAUUCUUGGUUUUUAGCUGCACAUUUAAACUCAUCUGAUUGGUCGUUUUGGAAAAUGGUUGCCAAUUUAUCAGUAGAAUUAAAUCAUAUUAGACAAGCCAUAUAUUGUUAUUCAAGAGUAAUUAAUAUUAAUCAUCAAGAUUUAGAAUCUCUUUACAAAAGAUCAGUGCUCUAUCGUCAAAUUGGCCAAAUUGGUAGGGCUUUGGAAGGUUUCCAAAAAUUACAUAAAUAUAAUCCCUUGGAUAAUAAUAUUUUGCGUGAACUGGCUGUGUUGUAUGUGGAUUAUAAUCGUAUUGGUAAUGCUAUUGGCUUGUACAUUAAUGUCUUCAAAGCAAAUAUUGCAAGAAGAGAAGCUAUUAUACUGGCAAGCGAAUCUGUAUUUGAUUCUUCAGACGAAGAAUCUUCUGAAGAAUUUUCCUCAGAUGAAGAUGAUGAAGAUGAAAGUGAAGAUUAUGAAGAUGAACAAGGGAAUAGACGAAAUAAAUCGAAAAAGAAAAAUAAAAAGAAGAAGAAACAAAAUCAGAUUAAUGAAUUGUUGAAAGAUUUUGAUACAGCAAGAAUCGCCGAGGAUGAAGACUUACAAAUGUAUCCUGAAUUAAAUUGGAAAAAACUUAAUGCUAAACAUAGAUGCAUAUUAUUCGAUUGGUCAUCUUUGAAUAUUUUAGCAGAAUUAUAUUUAAAACAACCGAGCGAAAAUAGUAAAGAAGGCAUCAAAAUGAUUAAAAGAUGUGCUCGUUGGAUUCAACGUCGUGAACAACAAUUAUUUUGGGAAGAUGUAAUUGAUGAUUCUGAAUGUGAUGAUAGAAGAUAUAAAAAUGCUAAGUUUGAUGCAUUAACGGAUAAUGAAAAAAACAAAGAAUAUCAUUUACCAAUUGAUAUCAGAAUCAGAUUAGGGCUAUUAAGGUUGAAUAAUGAUCAAUUAUUAGAGGCAUUAAAUCAUUUCCAUUUCUUAUAUGAUGAAAAUUUUCUGGAAAUCUCUGAUUUAUAUUUUGAAGUGGGUCAAGCAUUACAAAAUUCAGAAAAUUAUGAGGAGGCUGUUGAUUAUUUCUUGCCAUUAUUAGCUUUAGAAGAUUUCAAUAAAACUGAAUUAUUUAGGCCAUUAGGUAAAUGUUAUAAGGAAUUAGAAAAUUAUUCAAUGGCCAAGGAAUAUUUUGAAAAACUUGUCGAAGUGAAUCCAACUGAUAUUGAUGAUGUAUUAACGUUGGCAGAAUUAGAAUAUCAUUUGGGGAAUACCGAUGAAUUUAAUAAUUUAUUGAAAAAAGCUGUAAAGCUAAGAAAACAACAAGCUGAGGAAUUAGAUAAUAUUGCCAAAGAAUAUGAAAAAGAGGAAAGCAAAUCACCGGAGGAAAAAGAAGCUGAAAAUGCGAUUAAUCCUCAUAGUAAGCCUUUAUUAGAAGAUAGUAUGUUUAGGCAAGCUAUUACUAAAAAGAAGAAAACAUUACAAGACAUUGAAAGAGAACGUUUUGAAAGAGAAAAAAAAAUUAGUUCAAAAGUAUUGGAUAAAUAUAACAAGUUGAAAUCUUAUAGACCUGGCUUUGAAACAGGAAAUAAAACUCAGAUCACUAUGUGGAUUGAUAUUGCAUCCGACUUAAUUGAUGUAUUUUCAAGUGUCAAAAAUUUCUUCAUGAAAAGUCGUUCUAAAAAAUUUGUGGGUAUUAUUAGAAGAACUAAAAGAUUUAAUAAACUUAUUGAUUCUAAAUUAGAGAGAUUAUCUAAACUAUCUUCUGGUGAUAAUCUAUUAGAUGGGUUACCCUUAAUGGAAGAAAGUGUCAGAUUAACAUCUACUACUGAAUUAAGAGGGUUAACAUAUGAUCAAUGGUUUGAAUUAUUUAUGGAACUGUCUUUAAUUAUUACAAAGUAUCAGAAUAUCGAAGAUGGUUUGAGUGUUAUUGAAACAGCUCAAGAAGUUAAUGUUUUCAAUCAAGAUAGCAAUAGAGUCAAAACGAUGAGAUUUGUUAAAUGUGCUAUCGUUUUAAGAAUGAAGGAUCCAUAUAAAUUGGCUGAAAACUUAAGAGUCCUAUUAAAUCAAUAUCAAUUUAAUAGAAAGGUAUUACAGAUAUUUUUGUAUUGUUUGAGUGAGGGUAAUAAAUCAAUGGAAAUCUUGAGCUCAACGGUCCAACAAAAAUUCUUCUUAAGACAAUUAAAGGCAUUUGAUGGGGCAAGAUAUAAUACUCACGUGAGUGGCCAAGCAUCUCUCACGAAUAAGCAAGUACUAAAUGUCGACAAAAAAAGCUCGCCAUAUUUAUUCCACAUCUAUGCUAUGUUGCUGUAUUCUAGCAAAGGGUUUCUAUCAGCUCUUCAAUACUUGAACUGGAUGGAACGUGAUAUACCUAAUGAUCCAAUGGUGAAUUUGAUGAUGGGUUUAUCCCACUUACAUAGAUCAAUGCAAAGACUGACAGCAAAGAGACAUUUCCAAGUUUUACAUGGCUUAAGAUAUAUGUUCAAAUAUUAUGACAUUAGAUCUGAGAACUAUAGUGAUCUAGAAAAGCAAGAAGCAGAUUACAACAUAGGUAGAGCAUUCCAUCUCCUUAAUCUUCUAUCGAUUGCUGUCCACUUUUACCAUAGAGUUCUGGAAAACUAUGAAGAUGAUACAUUAAAGAAGCAUGCUGCCUAUAAUUGUGUGAUGAUCUAUCAAGAAUCUGGCAAUUUUGAUCUUGCAAGUUCAAUUAUGGAAAAGUAUUUGACUAUCUAA